UAGAGGCUUUGCAUAGUUUUGGAUUAAAAUCUUUCAAUACUAACGAAAUAUUUGAAAUUUGUUAUAAGAAAUAAAAAGUUUUAAAAAGUGUUAGAGAUUGCCUUCGUAAUAGAUAAUAAUACUUAAUAGCUUUUAAGAGCCAAACAAUAAUUCUUAUCUGUUAACAUCGGCAGACGAAAAUAUAUAAACAACAUAUUGUUUGGAUAAAAAUACUAGUUCACUAACGUAUUUCAGCCAUUAAACUACUACAGAUGUAUAAUGUAUCCUUGGCUCAUAAUAAUAUGGACUCUUUUGAUUUUGAUAUUGGUUUAUUUAAGCCACAAGUUAAGUUACUGGCAUUACCUUGGAGUAAAACAACUAAAAACUAAAUUUCUAUUGGGACAUUUUCUUAAACUAAAAUCCUUACAUCAUACGGAAUUAAUGCAAGAAGUCUAUGACAGUUUUAAGGGUAAAGCUAAAAUAGCAGGUAUAUAUAUCUACACCAAACCCAUUGCAGUGAUAAUUGAUUUGGAUGUGGUAAAAGCAAUAUUAAUAAAAGAUUUUCAUAAUUUCGAGGAUCGUAUGGAAUAUAAAAAUAGUAAAGAUAUUUUGUCAACUCAUCUCUUUAAUGUGGAGAGGAGAGUAUGGAAACCUUUAAGGCAAAAAGUGUCACCUAUUUUUACAACGGGUAAAAUGAAAUUUAUGUUUCCCACUAUAAACCAACUAACACAUCAGCUUAAGGAGACCUAUGAAGUAAAUAUUAACGAUUUUGCAGAACAGGGCUUUGACAUAUACGAUCUAAGUGCUCGAUUUACUAUAGAUGUAGUGGGCACUUGCAUAUUCGGCAUAGAGUGCAAUAGUCUAAAAGAUCCCAAGGUGGAAUUUAAGCAAGUUUGUUCCAAGGUCUUUGGACGCACUAAUUUCAAUAUACGUUGGCAUUUGUUUAAGCUUACUUAUGCGAAAUUUAUGCAAUUUACCCGUUCCAAAAGAUAUCCUCAAUAUAUUGAAGAUUUCUUUAUGCGUGUGGCCAGAGAUGCGGUUAUAGAACGUGAGAAAGAAGGAAUAAAACGUAACGAUUUUAUGAAUACUUUAAUUGAUUUGAAAAAUACCAAGGAUGAGUUUGGUGAACCCAUGUUGACUUACAAUCAAAUAGCAGCCCAAUUAUUUGUGUUCUUUUUGGCUGGUUAUGAGACUGCUUCCACCAAUAUGACCUUUAUGCUCUAUGAAUUGGCACGUCAUCCGGAGAUACAGGAAAAAGUUCGGCAGGAGGUUUUGAAUAUUCUAAACAAAUAUAAUGGAGAAUUGAGCUAUGAAGCCAUGAUGGAAAUGACCUAUUUGGAUCAAAUCAUAACAGAAACCCUGCGCCUCUACCCCAACCUUUCAUUUCUACAACGUGUUAGUCUUAAUGAUUACAAGAUAACCGGUACCGAUAUUAUUUUACCAAAAGGUACUAAUAUCUAUAUUCCCGCCAAAGCUAUACACCUUGAUCCGGAUAUAUACGAAAACCCCAUGGCAUUCCAACCUGAACGUUUUGCUCCCUCGCAAAUAACCGCCAGACAUCCUCAAUCAUUUUUGGGUUUUGGUGAUGGUCCACGCAAUUGUAUUGGUUCACGUUUUGGUCGCAUGCAAAAUCGUAUUGGUCUUGUUACUCUACUUAGGAAUUUUAAAUUUUCUCCUUGCUCGAGAACCUGUGAAAGCAUCAAAUUUUCAGAUCAUAGUUUCAUUAAUGUUCCCCUAAAUGGUAUCUACUUGAAAGUGGAAAAAUUGUAGAAGAAAUAAAUGUUUUAAUUAAAA